AUGAACCUCCUGACCGGACUCGGAUUUGGGCUCGCCUUGAUUUGUAUGACGUCAGCUGGAGCAAUCCCGAAACCGGGACAAGAACUUCGCCCCGACAACAUCUACGAUCGCUUCGCCCAGAAGCUGCGGGAUCUCAGCCAGCAAUACGAGGAACGAGGCCGGAAAGAGCCUUCCGGAACGUUCAGCGACUUUGUCCAGAAGACCCUCGAUGAGCGCCAGUUGCACGAGCAGCUCGUCGAGUUGGACAAGGUGGGGAGAAGUUUCCAUUCUACCUCUCUCAAGAAAAGUUUCAAGAGUGGUCGGUUGUUUAUUUUAGUAUCAUUUUAAUACAAAAACCAAAAAUAGUUCUUAUUUUGAUUUGUGACUUUUUAACAAUGGCCUCCAAAAAUUUUAAUUUUUGAAUGGGAUGCGAAUCGAUAAACAGUUUGUAAUGAAAUGAAGAAAAAAAAAAUAUUGAUUGCUCCGGAGAUCGAUCCCGCGACCUCUAGAGCAACAGUCAAGCCCACUGAGGCUGCGACAGCGUUAUGAAGAACUUUUUUUUAGCAUGGUGAUUAACUUUCUACUCAAAGAUUUUUUCUAACAAGUUUUACAUUGACCAAAAAGCUCAAAACUUGAGUUUUCUCUCCUUUUCAGCGGUAACAUUAAUAAAUUAUCUUGAAAUUAUUCUCUGUGGGAUACUGUAGCGAUGAAGAUCUGCAGACACGUGCAACUUGCGGCCAAUGCGCACAAUAUUACGUCAAAUGAACAGUUUUUUACGCGUUUUUUUUUCUCUGUUUUACAUUUUUGUAAAGCGCUUCCAUUAAAAGUGCUAUUCAAAUCGUUUGAAAACUUUUGCUGGGUUGCUCAAAGGAUAAUAAGAAUAUUGAAUAAAAGCAAUUUCGAGCGGACUUUGAACAAAAAGGACUAGAAUUGAAGAUUCAAAAAUAUUUUUUUCUUAUAUUUUUCUAUGAUUCCUUUGAGCUGUUUUCAGAAUUUGGAAAGAACUACUCUUAAGACAUCGAAACUAUCUUUUUUUCCUCAAGAUGUUAUUAUCAAUUCAGGCUGUGCGCGAGUUCCGCGCCGAGAACUUGAGCCUCGACCGGCCGAAAAGCCCCGUCGUUUUCUUCGGCGACGCCGGCCGCCAGUACAAAAAUGCACGUCGAGACUCUGGAAACAGCGAGGAAGACGACCUGGACCUCCUCGUCAAGGCCAUCGCUCAUGCUAAUCGAUUCUGA